AUGUUUGAAAAGGUCAUUUGUCGCACACUAGGCUGGGAGGUGUUAAUAGCAGAUUGCCCAGUUGAUAUAUAUGUCGUCUUGGACACGUCUGAGAGUGUGGCCUUGAGAGCUCAGCCCUAUGGAUAUUUAGUAGAUAUGAUCAAGCAGUUUGCCUUGACCUUUGUGGACCAACUCAAUCAGAGAUACUAUCAUUGUGACCGUUACCUGACAUGGAACAUGGGAGUCCUACACUACAGCGAUGAGGUGAAGAUUAUGAGUGAACUUAUUAGUAUCAGUGAGGCCGGGGGCAAAGCCCAGCUAAGAAAAGCCAUCCAGGACAUCCGUUACAUUGGCAAGGGCACCCACACUGACUGUGCCAUCUCGGUGGCAAUAGGGCAGCUCAUGACGGGAUCUCCACUCCAUGGCAACAAGUACAUGGUUGUGGUGACAGAUGGCCAUUCAAUUGAUGGUUUUAAAGAGCCAUGUGGUGGUGUAAGCUACGCUGUGUCUGAGGCUAGAGGAUUGGACAUAAAGAUUUUUGGUGUUGCUAUCUCACCUGAUCAUAUGGAUAGCACACUUGAUGCCAUAGCAACAGAUGUUACCUACAAAUACAACCUGUCUGCCAACGCCGGUAACCCAUCAAUGGUCAAAACCAUCGAUACCAUUAUCUCUACAAUAUAUGAUGACUCCGAGGGUUUGGCUUCCCCUGGACCACCAGGAUCUGCAGGAGAAGGUGGAGAAGAGGGAACCCCUGGAAGGCCAGGAGUUGCUGGGAAACCAGGAAGUUUGGGAGCAAAGGGUUCAACAGGUGACCAGGGGCCACCUGGACACAGAGGAGAGAAGGUCAUUGGUGAUCGCGGUCCUCCUGGAGACAGAGGGGAGAAAGGAAAAGAUGGCAUCGAUGGGAAAGAUGGCGUUAUGGGGGACACAGGCAUGGUGGGCUUGUCCGGAUGUAAAGGAGAUGAGGGGGUGGAGGUCCAUGUUGCCCAUUUUCUGGCCUUGUGCUCUGUUUUUGAGGGGCAGCAAGGUUCCCCAGGACUAAGAGGUGACCCGGGAUCUUAUGGGACUAUGGGUCCAAAGGGAGAGGCUGGACCACCUGGAGAUCUUGGUCUGGCAGGCAUGUCAGGUCCAACUGGACCCAAGGGAGAACCUGGGCCUAUGGGGCCAGUUGGAAACAAGGGAGAUAGAGGUGAUGAUGGGGAUCCAGGGCCUGCUGGAGCUCAGGGUUAUGAGGGGCCACAAGGAGAAAUGGGUACAGGGGGUCUUAAUGGGGUGUCUGGUCUGAAGGGUUAUAAGGGAGAGCCAGGCCCUGGAGGAUCUGAGGGUGUCAAGGGCUCCCAAGGACUCCCAGGACCCUCUGGAGGGCCAGGUCCGGCUGGUGAAAGGGGUAUUCGAGGGCUUCCUGGACUGAAAGGUGAUGCUGGGUUGCCGGGCGAUCGUGGUGUUGAUAAUGACCAGCUUGGUAGAGGAGGUUCCAGAGGACCUAAAGGAUAUCCAGGCCUAGCUGGAGAAAAUGGGGCUUCAGGACCAGUUGGGCCCCCCGGGCCAGAUGAAUGUGAAAUCUUGGAAAUCAUUAAGAAGCUUUGCUCAUGCUGUGACUGUGAAUGUGAACCUGUUAAGCUCCUUUUCAUACUGGAUAGCUCAGAGAGCGUGGGCCUCCAAAAUUUCACACUGGAAAAACAGUUCAUCAUUCGCAUUAUCAACAAAAUAACUCAGUUUAGUAAGGAUAAGAAUGAACCGGGCUCAAGAGUGGGAAUAGUUCAGUACAGUCAUGAGGGAACCCAGGAGCUUGUGUCCAUGGAGGACCCUAGUAUUACUACAUUGUCUCAGCUCAAAAGCAAGGUGAAGAACUUAGGCUGGAUUGCUGGAGGUACCUAUACGGGGGAGGCCCUCGAUUUUGCCCGAAAGGCAUUUGGUAAUUUUCAGGAUGCCCGUAAAUUGGCCAUAGUGCUGACGGAUGGUAGAUCAGAUACACGGGACUCUAAGCCUCUGUCCUCUCUGUGCAACGUUCCUAAGGUGGUGGGUAUUGGUAUUGGAGAUGUCUUUCGCAGGGCUCCUCACACAACUAUGCUGCAGGAGAUCACCUGCCAAAAUACAAAUGCACCAGGACUCUACCUUAAUAUCACUGACUACUCUCAGCUUCUGGAGGAGUCCUUCUUCAAUAAUGUGACUGCUUAUAUAUGCCAAGAUAAGAAGUGCUUGGAUUACAAAUGCCCAGCUGACUUUAAGACUGCCGCUGACAUUGUCUUCAUGCUGGAUGGGUCAUCUAGUGUUGGUCUGAAGAACUUUGACAGUUCAAAGGAGUUUGUAAUGAAUAUGGCCAGUAGGCUCCUGUCUUCAAAUGAGGGUGGGCUCUUGCGCCUGUCAGUCAUGCAGUAUAGUAAUACCCAGCGACAAAGGGUUGAGGUCCCUUUUACCAGCCAAGCAGAGGAUGUACGGUCCAGGCUUAAAAGCAUCCGCUAUAUGGACAAGGGAACAGACCUCCCAGCUGCCCUGGCUUUCGUCACUGGAAUGAUCCAGAAAGCAGGACGGCGCAAUGCUGCUUGGAGGGUGGUCAUUUUUACUGAUGGCAGGUCUGUGUCUACAGUACGAGCUGACCUUCCCAAAGCUGCAGCGUCUGCACGAGCUCAGAAGAUAGAGGUGCUGGCUCUCACCGUGGGUGACCUCUAUGAUGAAACUGGUGUCUCCCAGCUGGUUACUGGACAAGCUGACAACUUUGAUUACCGUUAUGUGGACAGUCACGUACAACAGGUCAUGCACUAUAGUGAUCUGGCCAGAGAGACAGUCCAGCGAAGUCUGGCUAGGAGGCUGUCUCAAGCUUAA